AUGACGGUAUGUUCGUCACAUAUUUGCUUCCAUUCAACAUUAAUUUGACGUCUCUUAUUAUAAUAGGUUAUCAGAUUUGUUGCUAAUCUGUACGCUUGUUGAGAUGAAGGACGGUUAUUGCAAUGACAAAGAAAAGAAGAAGAAGGAGAGCAUCUUCGACUUGUCUAAAUACAUUGACAAGAUGAUUCGUGUGAAGUUCCAAGGAGGAAGAGAGGCUAGCGGGGUCCUGAAAGGGUUUGAUCCUCUGCUAAACUUAGUGCUGGACGGCACGAUCGAGUAUAUGCGAGAUCCAGAUGACCAGCUGAAGCUGACAGAAGACACCCGGCAGCUGGGGUUGGUGGUCUGCAGAGGAACCUCCGUAGUGCUAAUCUGUCCUCAGGAUGGCAUGGAGGCCAUACCGAACCCGUUCAUACAGCAGCAGGAUGGCUAGCUGCUUAGUGGCAUAUACUUGUUUUUUUUUUUUUGUUUAAUUUUUAUUAUUUUUUAAACAUUACAGGACAGUUCUAGUUCAUACAACAAGCCUGUUGACUUAAGUUGAAAAUCAGCACCAAAAUGAGUUGAAUGCACUUCACUUCUACUUUUUUGUGCUGUGCAAAUGUUGGAAAGUUAUGUUUGUAAAGUGCCCCAAAGCCUGGGAAGUGUUAACAGGAUAAUUUUCUUUUAUCUCUAGUAUCUUUUUACAAUGUUUUUGUUUUUGAUAAAAAAAAAUAAAGUGAAAAAUCAAUAUA